UUUCGAAUUGUCAUGUCUGCGCCCAUGGAUUGACAAACGUGCAUAAACUUAGGUGGAAUUAUGAUAGUUGUACGACAUAUGUGUCGAAAUCCUGGUCAGGUGUUUCGGACAUCUACCAGGUCUGCUUUCUUCAAGCGAAAGGCAGAUGAUCCUAAGUUGGAUGCCACAGGGAAUGAACCGAGAAAGAGGAACACAAAAUUUGAUGGUCCAUCAGUCGAAGAAAGGUUUCAGUCACUUGAAAAGCGAAGCUUACAAUCAUCUCAGGGCUAUUCUCCACCCAAUGAUGUUGAAGAGAGAAUCCAGAGAAUAACAGAGGAAGUAUGUGGCAACACCCCUGAGUGGAGAACACAGUCCUUAGAGGAUAGGACGGUCAAAUUUAAGAUUCUCACAAGGUGUAUCAAAGAAUUUGAUCAUGACAUCCCAAAUCCAGAACUUUCUGACAUAAACACCAACGCUGAUGUGAUUAACUUCUACAGCACACCAGUUCACGAUAGAAAUUCCUAUGAGGAUUUAGCCAACCUUGACCUGCCUCGUAACCUUCACAUUCAGCUGGACUAUCUCAGGUUUGACCCCGACAAUGACCCCAUGUUUGGGGGUGUGAAUGCAUUUCCAGGGAGACCUACCAUAGUAACAGGCUUAAGGGCCAAAAAGAAGUACAAAGGGACGAAUAUUGCCCAGUACUGGCGAGAUCAGCAUUUGGAUGACUAAGGAGUUUAUGAACAAAAAUAAAAGACCUAAAAUUUCGCCCAUAACAAUGUUGCACAUCUUAAAUUUGUUGGUCUUAAAAAGAUUAAUUGUGGUUAGUUUGGAAGUUUCAGCACCAAAAGUGACACUGUAUGACAUUUAUUUGCCUUUUAAAGUGCACAGUGUUGGUCAAAUAUUUAGGUAUUUUACUUUUUGUUACAUGUAUCAUGUCCCAGAACUAGCAUGCUGUGUGCUUCCACCAAUCAUGUUUAUUGUCUUGGAACGUGGUGAUUGUCUGGCAGUUCAGCCAAUCACAUUUGUGAUUUAAUGGGGGAACUCCUUGAUCUAACCUGUUGAAGUACUACAUAUUGAACAUUAUUCUUGCAUAACUGUUCAUCGCCCCUUACAACAUGUAUCAGAUCUUACAGAUGACUCUAAGCCUCUGAUAUUGGAACUGUGUGUAGUAUAAUUUGAACUGUGGACUUCACAAUUGUGUCGUGCGGUAGCAGUGUGUGUGCAUAGAACUUUAGGCAAAGUACAGAAAGACAUUGUAUAGAAAAAAAACUGCAGUUUAUGUUAUCUGUAUUUAAAGGGAAACAGAAUCAGUGGGCUGAAUAUUAGGCAUGGCAGAUUUCUUCAAGCGUCACAAAGGCUGCAGAAAAACCUACAUGUAUGUCCCUGUCAGCCAAUCAGCAGUCAUUCUAACAUCCCAGUUUCCCACUACACUAUGUUAGGCCUUAUGCCACAAUAUAAGUUUUGACAUGUCUAAGUAUUAAACAUGAUUUAAACACAAUAAAGAAGUAGUC